ACAAUAUAUCCCAUCAUACAUUACACCAGGAAGUUAACUGACACACAACCUGCCAAGAUCAAGAUGGGAAAGUACUCUUAGACUUCAUUUAUCAUUAUUUAAUGGAUUUGAGAAAAGGAUGAAUUUAGGGAAUUCAAGCACUUUCAACAACGGGCUACUCUAUGCAGGCUGGAAUCAAGACCAAGGAUGUUUUGCAUGUGGAAUGGACAAUGGUUUCCGUGUAUAUAAUUCUGAUCCAUUAAAGGAAAAAGAAAGACAAGAUUUUCCUGAAGGAGGUAUUGGUCAUGUGGAGAUGUUAUUUAGGUGCAAUUACUUAGCUCUGGUAGGAGGAGGAAAAAGUCCAAAGUACCCUCCAAAUAAGGUGAUGGUUUGGGACGAUUUGAAGAAAAAACAUGUCAUAGAACUAGACUUUUCUAGUGAAGUUAAAGCAGUUAGACUUCGAAGAGACAGAAUAGUUGUUGUUCUGGAUGGUAUGAUCAAGGUAUAUACUUUCACACAGAAUCCACAGCAGCUUCAUGUGUUUGAAACCUCAAGUAACCCAAAAGGUCUUUGUGUACUGUGUCCAAACAGCAACAAUUCCCUUCUGGCAUUCCCAGGACGAAAAAUGGGCCAAGUUCAAAUUGUUGAUCUUGCCAACACAGAGAAACCCCCCACAGAGAUAGCAGCCCAUGAGGCCUCCCUUAGCUGUAUUGCUCUAAAUUUGCAGGGCACUAGACUGGCAACAGCGUCGGAAAAGGGUACUUUAAUAAGAGUGUUUGACACAACAAAUGGUAACCAGUUACAUGAACUGCGAAGAGGUGCUAACCAUGCAUCUAUUUUCUGUGUUAAUUUCAACCAUGAUUCUUCCUUACUCUGUGUCUCCAGUGACCAUGGGACAGUGCACAUAUUCUCUAUAGAGGACCCAAAGAAGAACAAACAGUCAAGUCUUGCUUCAGCAAGUUUUCUACCCAAGUAUUUUAGUUCAAAGUGGAGCUUCUCCAAGUUUCAAGUACCUGGAGGAUCACAUUGCAUAUGUGCCUUUGGUGCUGACAAUAAUUCAGUCAUUGUGAUAUGUGCUGAUGGAAGCUACUACAAGUUUGUUUUCAACACCAAGGGUGAAUGCAAUCGGGACGUCUAUGCACAGUUUUUGGAAAUGACUGAUGAUAAAACCUAAACCAAGUCCAAGACACAGAAUGUUUGUGUCUUAUAUUUUUGUCAUACCUUAAACAAUUCAUUUGUGCUUGAUGCACUUUGCCAUAAUUCUCACAAUGCUCCUAGAUUAAGUUGAGUACUUUGUAAAGUUUUUGAAAAAUUAUCACCUGAAUUAACUAUUGGGAAUGUAUAUACAGUUCCUUGAAAAGAAAAUAAUGUGUUCAAGCGUUGGUUAUGAAAUUGCUGUUAAAAUUUGUGCAUUGAUUAAUUUAUCCCCCCAAAAAAAUUAAAUACAUAAUACAAUCUUGACAUUCAGAGAAGUUGAAAGAAUUUCGAUUGUACAUUGUUGCACUUGUAAAAGUAGUUAAUUUAACAGUAAGUAUACGAAUUUUUCAGGCUCUUUUAAAGAUGAUGUUCUGUUGACAUCAAAAUAGCUGACUGCAUGCAGUUCUUAAAAUUUUCAUAACCUAUCAAAAUGAUGUUUUGUCAUUAAGAUGUUUGGCUUGCUUUUACAAAAUUACUGUACAUUAACAAUUGUGGCUAUUUCAGUUAUAACUGUAUAAGUCAAGGCAGACAAAUGGAUUAUGCUUUUUCUCCAAAGUUGGACACUGAAGUAAAUUGUCGAUCCAACUGGAGCUGUUUGGACUUUGGUGUUCAUGGACUUAAAAUUACUGUUGUUGCACAAACCUAACAGCAAGAAUGAGGCAUUGUUAAAUUUGUUAUGUAGAUCUACAGUGGGAAUUGAGGAAACUAGCCCAACAAUAUUUUAAUGAUUUUUAUAUGGACAUGGUUCAUAGAGCAUGGAACUUAAUAUAUUUACACAGUAGUGUCAGCCAGAUGGCAAGCUGUAACAAGUUUCUUUGCUGUAUGUGUCUUGCAGAUAAACUUUUAAGUUGCUGUCUGUUCAGAGAAGUAAAUAUGGAUUUAAGAAUUCUUUGCAGUGGUCAAUGCCUUUGUGGUCUGGAAAAUAUCCUGAACAUUGUAAAAAUGCAAGAGAUUGUGAUUUUCAAACAAUGUUUGUACUUCCAGCAUGAGCUUAGAGAAAAUGUUACAGUCAGUUCAGGUUUUUAUAUUUCCAUUUGUGAAACAUUAACAAAUGUAAAGCUGAAUAUAACAAAUUGAUUGCUUA